UUAAGGGAUUCUGGAACGGAACACGUGCGAUCGCUGCACGCGAAAUUAAAACUAUCAGAAUGGACAGCCGGUUUUAUGCACUCAAUAUCAGAAGAUAUCAGCAGCGGGCACAAGUAGAGACGCCCGACACAAUAUAUUGGGAAAGGCUAGAGAAACCAGAGUUCCUCAAGGAGUGCAACACAAUCGACUAUUUAGACUUCAGCCCCAGCGAGCCGGAUAACUUUGUCGUGACGUGCUCGGUGCGCGUUCAAAUCUACAAUUUGGUCACCAAGCUGGUGGUGAAGAACCUAUCAAGGUUCCAGAAGACCGCCUAUGGUGCGACGUUUCGUCAAGAUGGCCGGCUAUUGGCGGCCGGUGACGAAGAAGGCCAUGUGAAGCUCUUCGACACCACCAGUCGGAACAUCCUGCGAAUUUUUAAGGGACAUAAGGCGCCUGUGCAUCGAACCUUCUUCACCAACGACAAACUGCAACUGACUAGCUUCUGCGACGACAAGUCGGUGCGCCUGUGGGACGUGUCCAACGAAAAGGUGGUGAAGACCUACAACGAUGCUCACACGGACUACAUUCGUGCUGGGGCCAUGCAUCCGGUGGCGGGCAACAUGUUCGUCUCCGGCGGCUACGAUGGUAAAAUUAAUCUGUACGACACGCGCGCAGAGAACGCCAUCCAGCGUACCCUGAACCAUGGCAGCCCGGUGGAGUCGCUUCUCUUCAUGCCAAACGGAUCCAUAUUCAUCAGCGCUGGCGGCAACCAGGUGCGUGUCUGGGACCUCAUCAGCGGCUGCCGGCUGCUCACGAUGAUGUCGCAACACCACAAGACCGUGACCUGCCUGCGCCUGGGCACUGACGGGCGCCGUCUGUUCUCCGGCGGGCUGGAUCGUCAUGUUAAGAUCUACGACACCACCACCUACAAGACCGUCCACACGCUUACCUAUCCCAAUGCCGUGGUGAGUCUGGCCGUGGCCGGCGCAGAUCAGGCGGUGGUGGCCGGCAUGGUGGAUGGUCUCAUCUCGAUCAAGCGCAUGAUCGUCGAAAACAAACCGAGUCACCUGAACAAGAUCCGGGUGAGUCAUGCCGCUAAGGAAAGGAAAAAGCUCGUCAAGAAGCUGAUACGACCGGAUACCUCGCAAGUGGUGGACCACACAAUCAAAGACAGGGUCAAGAGCACAAAACUACAGACCUUUGACGUUCAUCUCCGCAAGUUCAACUUCAAAAAGGCCCUGGACGAGGUUCUUGUACCUCGUCAGGUGGAAAAGCACCCAGAAAACACUGUGGCCGUCAUCACAGAGCUGCUUCAACGCCGGGCCCUGGACAAAGCACUCACCGAACGGACUGACGCAGUUCUCAUCCAGUUUAUCGAUUUCCUCUGCACACACAUGGGCGAAAUCCGUUUUAUGCGUCCGCUCAUGAAUGCCGCCAAUACCGUCCUCGAUGUAUUCGAGGGCAGUUGUGUGUCGUACAGUCUUAAGGUUAUGGAAGCGCUGCAACGAUUGUCUACCGCUGUCCAGGCGGAAAUCGCCCUCACUGUCGAGAUGCUCCAGCUGAAGGGAGCCAUGGACACGAUCAUUGGCGUCUCCCUGAACGACAGCGACAGGCCGAAGACGCGAAUAGCCGCACCAAGGGAAGCCAGGAUGCAACCGUCCGCGCGCGCCGAGAAGUACGUGAUCUAUGUCGAUUGACAGCGUGAAGAAAGGGAAAUGCAGAGAACAACUUAGCCUUUGAGUGCCUCUGCUUCUCCAGUUGGAGACGGGGAUCAUAGGGGACCGACCAUUGGUUUGACAAUGGUUGAUGGAUCAUCCAGUGGAGGUGGAGUCCACGUUCCACGCUUAGACAUUUAAGGAAUAAUUAUUAAGUUUAAAGUGAAAGAAGCCCAGAUUAUAUUGUGUUUUGUUUUUUAUUAAAUACAUACUUAAAAUGAAC